GAAUCCAUUACUCUAUAUUGUAAUGUAACUGGUAUACCCCCACCUGAAAUAAUCUGGUCCAAAAAUAACGAUAUCAUUGACCCCCAGGAUGAAAACAUGGACAAUCUACUGCCACCAGAGAUAAGAAACGGACCUCGUCAAGUUGCAGGCAUUGUAAAUGCUAAAGCUGUGUUAGAGUGUGAGACCAGUGGUCAGCCACGCCCAGAUAUAACGUGGCAGAAAGAUGGUGAACCUUUCCCGUCAACUGGUCUUCGUCACCGUAUGUUACAGUCAGGGUCGUUAGAGUUUGUGGGCGUAAGAACAGAGGAUACAGGAGAGUAUACAUGUACCGCAUCUAACGAUGCUGGGAACGUCACUCGCAGUAUUGGACUCAGUGUU